AGAACUCUGCUAACCAUUGGAUAAAAUACUUUUCACCCUAAAUACAAGCCUAGCGUUCUGCUAAAACUCAUGUUCCUAACGUUGUACAACAAGAAACGCAGCUCAGCGGGGGCAUAACGUCAUCACCGCCCAAACCAUGCACGCCUCCUUACUAAAGCCAGUUCUUCAUGGAUACUUCAGAAGCUCCUGCUCCUGGAGGGUUCGCAUCGCCUUUGCGCUCAAAGGCAUUGAAUACGACCAAGUUGCAGUCAAUCUGAUCAAAGACGGAGGUCAGCAGCUUUCUGAACAGUACAAGAAAUUAAACCCCAUGCAACAAGUUCCUUCGGUUGAAAUUGAUGGCAUCACCCUGUCUCAGUCCCUGGCUGUGAUCCAGUACAUCGAUGAGACCAGGCCAGGGCCUCUGCUCCUCCCCGCUGACCCAAAGAAACGGGCCCAGGUUCGGAUGAUAAGUGACCUCAUUGCCUCUGGGAUACAGCCUCUGCAGAAUUUACACGUGAUCCAGAAAAUUGGAGCGGAAAAGGCGCAGUGGGCCCAGCACUUCAUCGAGCGCGGCUUCCAAGCUCUUGAGCCCAUUCUGAAGCAAACAGCAGGGAAGUACUGCGUCGGUGAUGAGAUAUCCAUGGCAGACAUCUGUCUGGUCCCACAAGUCUACAACGCAGAGAGGUUCAAAGUGGAUGUCGAGCAGUAUCCAACCAUCAAAAGGUUAAACCAAACCUUACUUGAGAUCGAAGCGUUCAAAGUGACCAACCCGUCCUGCCAGCCAGACACGCCUGCUGAUCUGCGUUCAUAGAUCAGCUCUGCAGCUUCUUAAUAAAUCGCUUAGAAAAUGA